CGUGUGCGGUGCUCGGCGCCGAGGCCUGAGUUGGCCGAGCGGGUCUGGCCCCUGGUGUUGAAGGAGGCUGGAGCUCACCACUUUGGCUUCGCGGGUCCUCGAUCUCCACUCCGGUGGACAUGGGCCUCGGGGUGUCCCCUGGCUGAGUCGUUGGUGCUCCUAGGACCUAAGGAACGUACAGUCAAAUGGGGUUUCCCCUUCCCGGGGCGCACUGGCUUUCGAGUUGCAUGCAUAGUCUCUCCCUAGGAGUGCAAUUCAGAGCCAGUCGUUGUGUCUCUGUGGAACAUGCAAUGUUCUAGUAAUGUGAUGCCGGUGGUGGGUCCGUGUUCUCGCACGGCAGUCUCUUCCACUGAAAGCACGUUUUUAUCCGCACCUCAGACUUAGGUUCAUCGCUUGCACGCUUGGAGCAAUGGAGCUCAGCGAUGCAAAUUUGCAGACACUGACGGAGUAUUUGAAGAAAACUCUGGAUCCAGAUCCUGCCGUUAGGCGUCCAGCUGAGAAAUUUCUCGAAUCUGUAGAAGGAAAUCAGAAUUACCCACUGUUGCUUUUAACAUUACUGGAAAAGUCACAGGAUAAUGUCAUUAAAGUAUGUGCUUCAGUAACCUUCAAGAACUACAUUAAAAGGAACUGGAGAAUUGUUGAAGAUGAACCAAACAAAAUUUGCGAAGCUGAUCGAGUGGCUAUUAAAGCCAAUAUAGUGCAUCUGAUGCUGAGCAGCCCAGAACAGAUUCAGAAGCAGCUGAGUGAUGCUAUUAGCAUCAUAGGCAGAGAAGAUUUCCCUCAGAAAUGGCCUGACUUGUUGACAGAAAUGGUGAAUCGCUUUCAGAGUGGAGAUUUCCAUGUUAUUAAUGGAGUCCUUCGUACAGCACAUUCACUUUUUAAAAGAUACCGUCAUGAAUUUAAGUCAAACGAGUUAUGGACUGAGAUUAAACUUGUUUUGGAUGCCUUUGCUUUGCCUUUGACUAAUCUGUUUAAGGCUACCAUUGAACUGUGCAGCACCCAUGCAAAUGACGCCUCUGCCCUGAGGAUUCUUUUUUCUUCUUUGAUCUUGAUCUCAAAAUUGUUCUACAGUUUAAACUUUCAGGAUCUCCCUGAAUUUUUCGAAGAUAAUAUGGAAACUUGGAUGAACAAUUUUCAUACCCUCUUGACAUUGGAUAAUAAGCUCCUACAGACUGAUGAUGAAGAGGAAGCAGGCUUAUUGGAGCUUUUAAAAUCUCAGAUUUGUGAUAAUGCUGCUCUUUAUGCACAAAAGUACGAUGAAGAAUUUCAGCGGUACCUGCCUCGUUUUGUCACGGCCAUCUGGAAUUUACUAGUUACAACAGGUCAAGAGGUUAAAUAUGAUUUGUUGGUAAGUAAUGCAAUUCAAUUUCUGGCUUCAGUUUGCGAAAGACCUCAUUAUAAGAACCUGUUUGAGGACCAGAACACACUGACCAGUAUCUGUGAAAAGGUUAUUGUACCUAACAUGGAAUUUAGAGCUGCUGAUGAAGAAGCAUUUGAAGAUAAUUCUGAAGAGUACAUCAGAAGGGAUUUGGAAGGCUCUGAUAUUGAUACUAGACGCAGGGCUGCUUGUGAUCUUGUACGAGGAUUAUGCAAAUUUUUUGAAGGUCCUGUGACUGGAAUCUUCUCUGGUUAUGUUAAUUCUAUGCUCCAGGAAUAUGCAAAAAAUCCAUCUGUCAACUGGAAACACAAAGAUGCAGCCAUUUACCUUGUCACGUCUUUGGCAUCAAAAGCCCAAACACAGAAGCAUGGAAUCACACAAGCUAAUGAACUUGUAAACCUAACUGAAUUUUUUGUGAAUCACAUACUUCCUGAUUUAAAGUCAAAUAAUGUGAACGAGUUUCCUGUUCUUAAAGCUGAUGGUAUCAAAUACAUUAUGAUUUUUAGGAAUCAAGUACCAAAAGAGCACCUUUUAGUCUCUAUUCCUCUCUUGAUUAGUCAUCUGCAGGCUGAAAGUAUUGUUGUCCAUACUUAUGCUGCACACGCUCUUGAAAGGCUGUUUACUAUGAGAGGGCCAAACAAUGCCACUCUUUUUACAGCUGCAGAAAUCGCACCGUUUGUUGAGAUUCUGCUAACAAACCUUUUCAAAGCUCUCACACUUCCUGGCUCUUCAGAAAAUGAAUAUAUUAUGAAAGCUAUCAUGAGAAGUUUCUCCCUCCUGCAAGAAGCCAUAAUCCCCUACAUCCCUACUCUCAUCACUCAACUUACCCAGAAAUUGUUGGCAGUUAGUAAGAAUCCCAGCAAACCUCAUUUUAAUCACUAUAUGUUUGAAGCAAUAUGCUUAUCUAUAAGAAUAACCUGCAAAGCUAACCCUGCUGCUGUUGUGAAUUUUGAGGAGGCCCUGUUCCUAGUGUUCACUGAAAUCUUACAGAAUGAUGUGCAAGAAUUUAUCCCCUACGUUUUUCAAGUGAUGUCUUUGCUUCUGGAAACACACAAAAACGAUAUCCCGUCUUCAUAUAUGGCCUUGUUUCCUCACCUCCUUCAGCCAGUGCUCUGGGAAAGAACAGGAAACAUCCCUGCUCUAGUGAGGCUGCUUCAGGCAUUCUUAGAACGAGGCUCAAGUACAAUAGCAAGUGCUGCAGCUGACAAAAUUCCCGGGUUACUAGGUGUCUUCCAGAAGCUAAUUGCAUCGAAAGCAAACGAUCAUCAAGGCUUCUAUCUUCUCAACAGUAUAAUAGAGCACAUGCCUCCUGAGUCAGUUGACCAAUACAGGAAGCAGAUCUUCAUUCUACUGUUCCAGAGACUGCAGAACUCCAAGACCACCAAGUUUAUCAAGAGUUUCUUAGUGUUUAUUAAUUUAUAUUGCAUUAAGUAUGGGGCAUUAGCGUUACAAGAAAUAUUUGAUGGCAUACAACCAAAGAUGUUUGGAAUGGUUUUGGAAAAAAUCAUUAUUCCAGAGAUUCAAAAGGUAUCUGGAAAUGUGGAGAAAAAAAUCUGUGCAGUUGGCAUAACCAAAUUACUCACUGAAUGUCCACCAAUGAUGGACACCGAGUACACCAAGCUGUGGACUCCUUUGUUACAGUCUCUCAUUGGCCUUUUUGAGUUACCUGAAGAUGACACCAUUCCUGAUGAAGAGCAUUUUAUUGACAUAGAAGAUACCCCAGGAUACCAGACUGCCUUCUCACAGCUAGCAUUUGCUGGUAAAAAAGAACAUGACCCUGUUGGGCAGAUGGUGAACAACCCGAAAAUCCAUCUGGCACAGUCACUUCACAAACUGUCUACUGCCUGUCCAGGAAGGGUUCCCUCGAUGGUGAGCACCAGCCUCAACGCAGAAGCAUUGCAGUACCUUCAAGGCUACCUACAGGCAGCCAGUGUGACUCUGCUGUGAACUGCUUCUUCCUGACCCCAUGGGCCCAGGAUGGUUUCUUAGGAACCAUGUGGACUCCAGAGCACAGCUCUGCUGAAACAUUACAGGUUUUCAACCUCUUGAAUUUGUAACAAACUCCAUCUUACAGAGGAUAGUAAAUACUCCUGUAUGCAAAUGAGGUGUUUGUGUUGAUCAUCAACAUACCUGGUAAUUUGUGACUUCAUGGGACAAGUAAUUACAACGCCAUGUUCUGGCCAUGGUCUGUGUUGAGCAUUUGCACGGUUUGGAUUAUUUCAAAUUUUUGCCAGACCUUGACUGUGGAGACUUCUGUUUCUAAGCCCUUUUGUUUUGAAGCUCAUAUUUCUCUCAUCCUUUGUACUAUUAUUUCUUUAAGCUUUCAUUGGAAAUGUGUCAACUCUCCAAGCAAUGCACAUUUCAUAGUUGAAGUCUGUAAUCAGCAAUAAAAACCCAAAAUGUGUAUCUAA